UAGAGGCGGGUACACACCGGAGCAUUUAGGUGUAAUGUAACGCCGUAAUGUAACAAAGUUCGUGCUCGCUUGAAUGUUACGAUGUUACGAUGUUACAACGACCAGUAUGUACGUUUUAAGCCGAGCACUACUGUGUAUCGGUUGUUCGCUGGUCUAUCCAUCAGUUAUUCACAGUUUGUUCUUGAGUUCACAUCGUAGCAAUGUCUCCUAUUAAUUUACAAGUCGCUAGUGCAUCAUUUAUUUUAAUUCAUUCUAUUAUAAAAAAAGAAAAAAUAAAAAAAAAGCGAAAGAAGAUGGUGGCAAACAAAUUUAAUGAAGUCUAGGGACAUAUGUAGUGGAUCAGAUUUAUUAAAUUGUCUUCAGCAACAGGAAAUAAGCGGACAAUAUAGAAAUUUCGUUAGAAUGUCGUCUAUUGAUUUUGAAUUUUUAAUAAAUUUGAUUGGUCCAAAAAUUUCAAAGCAAGAUACGAAUUUCCGAAAAGCCAUUCCUGUGCAAGAAAGGUUAGCUGUUACCUUACGAUUUUUGGCAACCGGUGAAUCCUAUCAAAGUUUGCAGUACCUUUUUAAAAUGUCAAAACAAGUUAUUGGACAGAUUGUUCCCGAGGUAUGCCAAGCAAUUGUAGAAGCAUUAAAAGAAAAUAUACAGAUUCCUACGACACCUGAAGGCUGGUUAGCUAUUGCAAAGGGGUACGAAGAUCGUUGGAAUUUUCCUCAUUGCUUAGGCGCAAUGGACGGAAAACAUGUAGUUUUACAAGCUCCAUUUCAUAGUGGAACCGAGUAUUAUAAUUACAAAGGAUAUUUUAGUAUUGUAUUAUUUGCACUCGUCGAUUCCAAUUAUGACUUUAUAUACGUAAAUGCCGGAUGUCAGGGUAGAAUUUCAGAUGGUGGAGUUUUCAAAAAUUGUGAGUUAAAUAAAAAAAUGGAAAACCACUCAUUGAAUAUACCAGCCCCAAUACCAUUACCGGGAAGAGAAAAACCCGUGCACUAUUUUGUACUUGGCGAUGGGGCAUUUCCGCUAAAUGAACAUGUAAUGAAAGUGUAUUCUGGUGUACAUCCCAAAGGUUCAGUCAAAAGAAAUUUCAAUUAUCGUUUAUGCAGGGCCCGUCGUGUAGUAGAAAACGUUUUUGGAAUUUCAUCUUCGGUAUUUCGUGUUUUACGUAAGCCUAUGCUAUUAGAACCCGAAAAAGCAGAGAUUGUUGUGAUGGCUGUAGCACACCUCCAUAACUUUUUACGGAAAAGUAUAAAUUCGGUGAACAUUUAUACUCCGAGUGGAACAUUUGACAGAGAAGUUGGUGGACAGAUAACUGCAGGAAAUUGGAGAUCGGAAAACAAUAAUAUUACUUCUUUAUUACCAAUCCGGAAUAUGCCUCGUAGAUCGCCGUUGGAUAUAAAAGAAGUUCGAAAUGAAAUCGCAGAUUAUUUUGUAAAUGAAGGGGCGGUUUCAUGGCAAAGCGACUAUGCAUAAUUUUAUU